AUGACUAUCUGCCAUAAUAACGCCCGUACGUUUGCAUCUGAUGUGGCUAUUGAAGAUCUGAUGAUGCAAGCCAGUAAGUUUAAGAACGCUGUCAUCCGACUUACCGAGACAAGACAAUGCCACCCACACAACCUCGUAUAUGAAACUGCAGAAGGACAGUUCUUAGAAACAUCGAACAGUUGCGGAGUUGGUGGAGUCAGCGUCUUCGUCAACACGAAUAUGACAAUGAACAUCGAUUCCUUCGAACAAAUUACGACUCGAAUUGGAAGUAAAAGGUUCUGCCAGACUGAUCUGAUGUUGUUCCAAAGUUCUGUGCGGUUUCGGAAAAUCGACAUCAACAGGGAUCUCUUCGCUAUGCCAGCCGCCUCUGGAGAAGAUUCAGCAAAAGACAACAUUGACGAAGAAUACGACCUGCUUGUUGGCCUUCAACUUUCCUGCAGGAGGAAGGCUGAAAGUUUUGAAACCAUCAAGAGACGCCUGUCUCCAGCAAUUCUUGAGCUGAUACGCCGGCGUGUCAUUUCUUCAGAAGUAUAA